CAUAGCAACCACAAAGUUUCUCUGUGAUAGCAACAAAAACUCGGGAUUGUACGACGGUUUAUUUUCCCAAAAAAUAAACAUGAAGCCAAUCAAGAAAGUUGGUGGGAAGAAACAGUCUAGUAAAGCUGAUGACAAGCAUGCCAAAUCUAAAUCUGAAACAGAAACUUCUUCAAAAGACCUUACAGAGCUUGAAAAAGAAUUAUUUUCUAAUAAAAUCAGUGAUUUAGAAGCACGUCUGACCAGGAAACAACAACUGUGUGCAUUAAUGGAAGAGGAAAAGCAAUUUUUUGAAACUGAAUAUGAGAAUAAAAAAAUUCUCAAGAAAGAAAGUAUGGCUCUUUUAAAUCAAACAUAUCAAGAUUUUUAUCUUGAGUUCUUGAUUCUAGAAAGUGAAUUAAAAAGAAUGGAAGGCAUAACUGCUGAAAAAACUUUAAAAAGAGAGGAAACAAUUAACAGAAUUCAAAGAAUUGAAGAACUUAAAGAAAAGGAAUUGAAAUUAGAAAGAAAAUUACAAGAAGCAGAAAGAAAUAUUGAUGACAUUUCAAAUUUGGAAUCUAAACUUCAUAUUUUAGAGGAACAAAUCUGUAACAAGAAUGAGCAUUUUGAGUUCCAGAUUUCAAACUUAAAUUUGGAUUUUAAGGAUUUUAUUAAAAAAUUGCAAGAUCAAUUAAAUACCUUAGUAGAAGGAAUAAUUCAAGAUAAAUCUUUAAAGUUAUAUCUUUUGCCCUUUCCUUAUCAAGCACUAUUUGAAAGUGGAAUGCUAGGUAGUACUUGGUUCAAAUCUGUUUUAGAAACUUGUGAAAACCUUACACGACAUAAUGCAGAAAUAAAUAAAAGCAUCCAACAGAUCAAAGUAAUCAGUAACAAAGCUAAAGAAGCUUCCCAAAAUGCUUUGUCUCUAAUCAUUUUAUCAAAUGAGGCUAAAGCUCUGGCCAGAUAUUUAGAUCAAAGUUUGGAAAUCCCUGAAGCUAAGAAACAAAUGCUUACAAAGGCACUUCAGGAAUAUGAGAAUGAAAUGAGAUACCUUCUGCAAUUAAAUAAUUUGAAUUUCCUUUUGGAACAAAAUAUAGAACAGAUGACAAGAAAAAUGAAGUCUUUGGAAAAUGUUAUUAAGCAACAAGAAAUGAUGGAAAGUGAGUUAGAAACAAAUUAUCCUCUCCUGCAGAUUAUUAUGCAAGUUAAAGAUGUAAUUAUUAAAGAGCUUUAGAAAAUAUUGUUAAAGGUAAUUAUUAUUAUAUAUACUAUAAUGAUUUUAUAGAUGAAAUGGUUAAGCAGACAUGUACUAUAAAUACUGGUUUGUUACAAAGAUAGUAUGUUUAUCGUCUAGAGUUGUAAAUAAAUUACAAAACAUUUA